AUGUGGUUGCUCGUUUUAAAAGCAAAACACACAAAUGCUAAAGAUGUUAAAUCCCUGUUUGGCUUUGCUUGUAUGAAACAUGAAGUAGUAGGCCAGUACUUUAAUGACUGGAAGGAAUGUUGUUUUAAGAAUAACAUCAGCUCCAAAAGUACUCUCAGUAAAGCAUCCAAAGAUAGAGAAAGAUUUCAAGGAGGAACAGUUCAUUUGCUUGGAGGACUGUUUGCUAAAAGGAAAAGGACAUCCCUUUGGUUUGCAAUCUCCCUUCUUGUCUUGUCACUUUUUAUACUCACAACUGGCCUAGUGGCAACUACAAGGACAGAGAAUAUAAGUGUGGGAGGUUACUAUCCUGGCAUUAUUCUUGGGUUUGGAUCUUUCCUUGGUAUUAUUGGAAUCCAUCUUGUAGAAAAUAGAAAACAAAUGCUGGUAGCAUCUAUCGUGUUUAUAAGCUUUGGGGUUGUAGCAGCUUUCUCCUGUGCUAUUGUUGAUGGUGUUUUUGCAGCUCGACAUAUUGAACCUAGGCCUUUGUAUACUGGGAGAUGCCAGUUCUACGCAAGUGAAUCUGGGAUUGCAUAUGACCCUUUCCAAACUGAGGUGCCAUGCUAUACAGUCGACAGCCAGCCAUGCCAGCUACGAGUAAAAACCCAUACAUGUUACUGCUGUGAUUUAUACAACUGUCAAAGUCAAGAUCCACCCUCCAGCUACUAUGAAUUUGUGGGUGUAAACAGCUGCGAGGAUGUAGUGCACUUAUAUCGACUGCUAUGGGCCUCUACUGUGCUGAAUGUGGUGGGACUGUUCCUUGGCAUCGUCACAUCUGCUAUUCUGGGAGCCUUUAAAGACAUGGCACCAUUGAAUCACCCAAACUUCAACUCUGCACCACCUCCUCAGAUUCUGUAUAAUCCAGCCCAUCAGAUCCUAACAUACACAGGCUUCUGUUCUCCCACAACGGCUCUUCCUUCCUACGCAUCUUAUCCAAUGCCUGUGCAGCCAUCUGGCUCUUAUCCAGCCAUUUCAUCUGCAGAUAUUUCUUUAUCAGAUGACAUCCAGAAUCCAUCACAGUCCAACUCAAUGAAUGGCCUUGCUUCUAAUGCAGCCUCUCACUAUGCAUCCAGCAUUCAGUUACCAGGUGAAAAGCCGCCACCAUAUGUCCCCUAAUAAAAAUACAAAGACUAUAAAGGUACAGACAACUGCAGGAAACAAAGGAUUAAAGGGCUUGUGAGUCAUUUUAGAACACUGCUAUGAAAGAGUGGGUAUUUAAAACAAACAAAUCCAUGAAAUGUUUUGUUGUUUCAUCUGUUCUUGAAUUGAAGUCUUAAUAUUCUUGUAUAGAAGCCAUGAUUCUAUUCACAGGUAAUAAAUAAUUCCCUUAAACCUUGUAUGAUACAGUACUACUUAAUCUACACACUACAAUUUAAAGAAA